AUGCAUUUUUCUACAUACACCACGGCGAGCGUACUGGCUGCUCUAGCCACUGCUCAAACCUUCACCGAUUGCAACCCCAUGGAGAAGAAGUGCCCCAACAACCCUGCGAUGCCUCAGACUUGGGAAACCGACUUUACUGCCGGCAAGGACGCUGUCAAGGGCUGGAAGCAGACCGCUGGUAGCCUUACCUACGGACCCGAGGGUGCCGAAUUCUCCGUUGCCAAGAAGGGUGAUGCCCCGACCAUUGGAUCCGAGGCCUUUCUUCAUUUUGGAUACGUCGAGGUCGUUAUGAAGGCAGCACCCGGCGUCGGCAUUGUCUCCUCUAUUGUUCUCCAAUCCGAUAACUUGGAUGAAGUAGAUUGGGAAUGGAUUGGAGGUGUAGACAGUCGCGUACAACAAAACUACUUCGGCAAGGGCAACACUACUACAUACGAUCGCAUGAUUGAGGCUGAUGUAGCCAACAACCAAAACGACUUCCACAAGUACGCUCUCAACUGGACUGCUGAGUCGCUUACCUGGAUUGUUGACGACAAACCUACGCGUACCCUGAACUUUGCUGAUGCCAACGGCGGCAAGAACUACCCACAGACGCCCUGCAAUGUCCGUCUUGGAAACUGGCCUGGUGGUGACUCUGAGAACGAGGGCACUCGUCAGUGGGCGGGUGGCAACGUCACCUACGACGAUGCGCCCUUUACCAUGACUGUCAAGAGCAUCAAGGUCAUCAACUACUCACCUGGCAAGGAGUACGAAUGGACAGACAAGACCGGUGAUUUCAAAUCUAUCAAGGUCAUCGAUGCUGGCAACACGGAAGGUGCUCCUCAGAACACUGUAGCCAUUGAAGCUUCCGCUGCUGCUCCCGUAGCAAAGCCGAUCGAGUCUGGUGUUGACGCGCCCACCGCCACUGGUGAGGCUGGCAGUGGUCCCGACUCGAACCCUUCAGGUGCAGCAUCCACUACCUGCACUGAGAGUGAGCAAGCAGGAGCCACACCUGCCCCGGCCGGUGGCAAGUCCGACUUCGACUACCCCACUGGUGGUGCCGCUGUCCCCCAAAAGUCAGGCAGCCCUGACUCUCCCUCCAACAAUGACAACGGAGAUGAGCCUUGCGAGUGUGGUACUGCUACUGUCACUGUCACCGGCGCUCCCCCAGCAAUCACUACCGCACCGCCCGCCACCUUCACAACUGAAUACUCUGCCAUCCUCCCUUCUGGUGUCGAUUCGUCUGUUGCAGAGACACCAUUGGCCAGCACUGCUCAGACUCCCAUUGUCACUUCCGCAGCACCUUCAUCUCCUCCCUACCCUACUGAGUCUGGCUUGGAGAUUGACACUAGGUCCGCACCUGGUGUCGUUGUACCCUCGGCGCCUACCGGUGCCCUGCCCCAGCCAUCUGGUAACGCUACCUUCUCUGCUCCUCCAGCAGAGUUUACUGGUGCAGCGAGUCAUAUCAAGGCCAGUGGUCUUGUCGGUGCUGUUGUAGGAGCCGUCUUGCUCGCCUUUUAA